GUGCCAGUAAUUAGCAUUCAAGCAGAGCAGAAGCCUCCGCCCUCGUUUGCAUCAACUGCUCCAAAUUGCCUUUCCCACACCUCAAUCUCCGCCCCCCGCUCCCAAACACCGCCCUAGCCAACCUCGCGCCCAUCCGCCCAUCCGCCCUUCCUGCCAGCCAUACACAUUGCCCCCACCCACCCCGGCACCCAAACCCCCAAAGCUUGGCUUCGUGCAUCGUUUCAAGGAAGCUCCCCCAGCCACGCCCGCCCGGCGACGUUGCUGUGCGCAUCAUCCCUCGCUAUCUUCCUCUCAACACCAAACCCUCCACGCCGCCCGCCCAACUCACGCCCGCUGUUAAUCGCCAUUGCGCCCGUCUGUCUCUGCUCUCUGCUCUCUGCUCUCUCUCUCCAGAGACUGAUUCCACCCCCUUGCACAGACCCGACGCGCCUGUCUCCAGGGCUGCGCUCCGCUCGCCUUAGUAGUAAACAGCAAACAUGGUCAAUUCCUACGGCGAGUUUGCAGACUUUUGCAGAGAUUCGGGCAACCAAUGGAGCACUCUGCCAGUUUGUUAUCUCUUCAACCCAGCAUCCACCAAAAUCAACAACGGAUGGCAGGGCGGCUGCACCCUCAGAGGCUUUCCCGUCGGCGGCGGUCGCAAUUUGCAUAAUUUGGGGUCCAUAUUACUAUGCGCCAUUGCUCUGCUCGUUUCUCUAUUCCUACUAUGGCGAUCGCAAAGGAAGAAGGCUGCGGUCGGCAGAAGAGAAAUGCAGGUUUUCCUUAUCGGCUACAUGAUCGUAUCUAUCUGCGAAAUAUUCACCAUUGGCGGGUUCCCUCUCAACGACAAGGUCCGCAUCGUUUUUGUUGCCAUUCAUAUUGCUGCCAUCACCGCGACUUCUUGGAUACUCAUGCUCAAUGGUGCUGUGGGCUAUCAGCUUCUUGAUGACGGUACAGCCGUGUCCAUUGGUCUCCUCUUGGGCUCGGCAAUCGCUAUUUUUAUCGGUACCGGCUACAUCGCUCUUGAUACUGGACUCGGUUGGACCGGUUACUGGGACUCGAGUCUUAACGCGCCAAACAAGGCAUAUGCUCUAUACACGCUCUACCAGCUUGUACCCUUGUUCUUCAUCGUCGUCUUCUUCCUUCUCGAGGCCUUCCUGGUCUUGCGCGUCCUCGGCGAGCGCAAACCCAUGCUAUAUCUUAUCGCGGCUGCCCUGUUGUUUGCCAUUGCGCAAAUUUUCCAAUACGUCAUCAGCGUCCAUAUCUGCAACGGCUCCGACGGCAAGAUCAACGGAGGAUUAUUUGAAACGCUUUUCACGCUUCUGGCCGUUGUUAUGGUCUGGGUGUUUUGGUCAAGCAUUACUGAGGACGACUGGCCAAUGCCCACGGUGGCCGGAACAUAUACUUAGGAGGAUAUAGUGGUCUUGUUGAAACUGCAAAAGCAACGGCGUAAUGUUUUUAUGAUGAUUGGAGGUAUUUGUUUCACGCACAGCGUAUACCAUUUUGGGGCUCCUUGGACGCAUUCGAUGCGUCAUGCCGGCUUCUGUUACGAUAUACAUAAUGUUUGCUAAAUCCAUGUUAUUGAUAUAGAUACGCAGUCAC